ACCCCAGUAUAUACAUAUCCGAUUUCUUGCAUGCUCAGUUCCAUGUAGCAUGUGUAUGUGUAUGUGUGUGUGUGCAUACACAUAUGCCUCUCUCAUCUAUCAGGGGAAAAGUUCAAUUAGGCAUACUUCAUCAUCUUGAGAAAGAAAGAAUUGAACCUCAUGCUACUACAGGAGAACUACUCUAUUUUAUCUAGUACCUAUUCCAGCACAGUGAAGACAUGCUGAGGACUACUUCCAGAAAUCUAGAAGAACUUUCAGUGAGAAACAUGGAAAAAUUGAAACAAGUGGGAAAUGAUGCAAGCUAUGUCUGUAACUUACCAGAGGAAAGAGAAGCAUUUUCUCAUGAUUAUGAAAAGGAAAACAAACAUCUUAUACAUGAGUUUAAAGAGCUCCAAUUCAAACAAGAAGCACAAAGAAAGGAGGUUGGAGAAAUGUUGUAUCAGGAAGACUCUGAAAUAGCUCUGAGCAGCCCCAGUGAACAGAUUGCAUACUUACUGGUGGACAGAAGUAAAAUCCUGAGUAAAUUGGAAAGUGGGGACUCAAAGCCGGAGUCACAAAGAUGUAUGAGCAGUAACCUACUGAAAGAAUUUGCCCAGUCCCAUAAUGAAGACAUAGAAAAAGAUAAAACAUCACAAAACUGCAUAGAGAGAAAUGUGGAACAAAUAGCAAAGCGGUUAAGGAUGGUCCAUGAAGAGAUCCGAAGGCUCACUGAUGAACUGCAAGGGAAUGAGAAAGAACAGAGUAAACUAGAUUCUGCACUUGAAAAGGCUCAAUUAGAAAUUGAUGAGCUGAAAGAAAAUCUGACAAAGUUGAAAGAAAAUGAUUCAGUUGACCUAAAGAAAGCAAAGGAACACAAUCAGAGACUGAAUGAGGAGAUUCUGGCUUUAAGAACUCGGGUUCGAUCACUUGACUCAGAAAAAAAAGUGCUUGGAGAAGUGGUUGAAAGGCUUAAAGGAGAGAUUCGUGAAUCUCAAGAGAAUAAGCAACUUGGAAACCACUCCCCUUGGAAAACUGUGGGUGCUGAACAGAAAGUACAGAUAUUGAAAAUGAGCCAAGAAAAAAUUGAAAUAUUUGUAAGUGAGUUGUCAGAGGAGAGAGAACGGAGAAAGGAAUUGACAUCUAAUAAUAACACUAUACAGAAGGCUUUAAAAGCUGAAAGUGAGGAUUUGCAAAAAUCAAAGUCAGAGCUUACAUAUCUUUAUAAUGAAAUUCACAGUUUUCCAGGGACAACAGAAGACCAUUUGUUAAUAGCAUAUAACCUGCUCCAAAGAGAAAAUUCUGAUUUAGAAACAAAGGUCUUGAAGCUUGCAGAAGAAUUUGAACAAUUAAAUCAUUUUACUGUAGACACAAAUAUUGCAGCUGCUAAUUUUUUUACAAGUGAAAAUAUUUAUAAAGAUCUCAUGUCUAAUUUACCAGUUUUGGAAGUAGAGAUUCAAAGCCCAAAGGAAGAGAGAGAGGAACUCUGUUCUGGACUAGGAGAAAGUAAGCUGAAAGAAACUCCAGAGGAGUCAGUAGAGGGCACUUUUCCAAGAAAGAGGCAGGAAGAGGAGGACUUACAACAGAACCAAGAUAUGAAAAGGGAAGAACAACAAUUGACCUGGAAGCCUGAGGAAGCUGUGAGGCUUAAGGAAGAGGUGAGCCAUCUACAUUAGAGCCCCCCUCAGUCUCAGAGAUAUGGGGUAAUGCCAAGGCAGAAUCUAUCAUCUAAAGAAAAACUGAAAUACCAGCAGCAGCAAGAAGAAGUACAACAACUUCGCCAGAAUUUGCACCGGCUCCAGAUUCUCUGCAGCUCAGCUGAAAAAGAGCUCCGAUAUGAGCGGGGAAGGAACUUGGACCUAAAGCAACAUAAUAGCUUACUUCAGGAAGAAAGCAUUAAGCUCAAAAUUGAACUCAGGCAGGCCCAGCAGAAGUUAUCGGACAGCGCAAGGCUGUGCUCUCCACCCCCAGCAGAGUGGAAGCACUGUCAGCAGAAAAUCAAGGAGCUGGAGCUGGAAGUACUGACACAGGCUGAGAGCAUUAAAUCACAGAACACCCUGAAAGAAAAGCUGGCUCAGGAGAAAUCCAAAGUUGCUGAUGCAGAGGAAAAGAUUUUGGAUCUACAGCAGAAAUUAAAACAGGCUCAUAAAGUCUGUCUCACAGAUGCUUGUAUUUUGGGAAAGAAGCAACUAGAGGAAAGGAUAAAAGAAGAACAACAAGAAAGGAAACUCCUAGAUCAAAAUAUAAAUGAGCUACAACAAAAAGUGAAAAUCUUACUAGAUAAAGAGAAUAUACUAGAAAUGACCAGUUCUCAGCAACAACACAGAAUUCAGCAACAAGAGGCCCAACUUAAACAACUGGAAAAUGAAAAAAGAAAAUCUGAUGAGUAUCUCAAGAGCUACCAGGAAUUGUCAGAGAAGGUGUCUGGGUUGCAGCAAGAAAAGGAAGCUCUACAUAAAGAAUAUGGGAAAUUUCUGAAGCAGCUUGAUGUCCAUGUGAGAAACUAUAAUAACAAAUAUUAUCAUCACAAAACCAAGCUUCACAGAAUCAAGAGCCGUUUCGUUCACGAAGUAGAGCUUCGAGAUGAGAGAAUUAAACUACUUGAAAAUGACAUUGGAAUACUGCGGCAAAAAUUAGAAAAGGAGAAGGCAUUCCAGGACCAGGUCACUGCCCAAAAUGAUAACCUGCUCCUAGAAAACAGGAAGCUUCUGGAGCAGCUCAUGGAGCAAGAAAAACUGAUCCAUGACAACAAAUGCACGAUAUCGUCUGUUCAGCACAGAGUACUUUUCCUGGAUAAAGAAAAUAAGCAAUUACAGGACAACAGUCUCCAGCUCACAGAGCAGGUUGGCCUCUUAGAACGCAUUAUAAGAAGCGUCCAGAUUUGCAGAGGAGAGGAAACAAUACUGACUGGCAUCUCUGAAUAUGACCCAUUGAAUAAAAUCUUGCCCCUACCAAACUCCAGUUUUUCUGUAACAGGUUUGGUAGAGUCAGUUGGAAGUCUUUAAGAAACUAAAGAAUGCAAGUCAGAAGAAGCAGUGGCAAACCCCAAGUCCCUCGAGUCUCUUUCCUGUUCACAGAAUUCUGAAGGUGGAUACAUACAUACACUGUGGCUUCUCUGAAAAAAGAUACAUCACAUCUACGAACAAGUCCAAAAGUCAGAACUAUAAAAUCACUG